AAGGCAAAGCCGUGCGUUGUCUUCUACAGGCAAACGUCACCCGAGAGGGCUGCAGUAGCACCAACCUGUGUCUGGAGAUGCCAAACAACUGCGAUCCUGCGGGCAACAACACCAGCUGUCUGUUUGUGUCCUUGAACGCGGACACGCCCAUGUCUCCCAAUGGCUUCAACCUGUUGGUCGGUCUUAGCGGAAAUUCCUCGGGAGCGAUCGCCUUUGGACUCACGCAGGAUUUCACAAUGAGUGUCACCCAGCUGUUUGUGUGCGGAAUGGACAGCAACGGGGAUUUUGUCUUUGAAACCGUGCAGAGAAGCUCAAAUGGUACUCUGACGCCAAACGAGAGGACCACGAUGCAGAUCCAGUACAGACUGGUAGACACCCUCAUCCAAUGUGAAUUUCUCGUUCCAAAUGUAAACACAAGUAUGAUGGGCGAGAUGAUGGACGGCACCACGGGCGUUGUCGUUCUGGGAGAAGCAAUGGUGAACAAUGACACCAGGAGGACCGAGAACUUCACGGCCAUUCUGACCAGCGGGCGGGUGAACCUUACCGACGUGGAAGGCACCGUCAUUGUCCCAAGAGUUCUGGACAUCAGUCAAAACGGCUGUGGAAACACCAAACUGUGCGUCAGAUCGCCCAGCGAAUGCAACCCUCAGGCCGCUGGCGAGUGUUUGUUCACGUCAUUGGACACCACCGAUACCUCGAGCGGAACCUUCAACAUCUUGGUGGAGCUCGCCGGAGAGUCCGACGGAUACAUCGGCAUGGGACUUACGGCGGAUGCGUCAGAGGGCGUCACCAAUCUGUAUAUCUGCGGAAGAAACGGCAGUGACAACUCUUUUCUAUUCCGCCAACUGGACCGAAACAACACCGACUUUUCACUCACCGAAGUGAACAGGGAAGUGGUCGACAUCCUCGGCGCUGUGAGUGGCACGUCCAUCCAAUGUAUCUUCACCAUCGUCGGCAUAAACGCCGCAGCCACGAGCAGACAGGCUGUCACCGGAACGCGCAACAUCAUCUUGCUGGGAAACGGAGAUAUAAACGGAGCUGAAAUUGGUGACUUUAACAUCGUCCAAAACAGCGGACUUUUGGACAUCACGGACGCCGCAGCGAACGUCAAUGCCAAUCCAGCGGUUGAGGCGGCUUUGAACAUCACCCGGGACGGCUGUGGCACGACAAAUCUGUGUUUGGAGACGCCAGAAGAUUGCGACCCCUUGACUGACCCCAUGUGUCACAUUGUGUCAAGCAAUGCCACAGUUUCCAAUACCAACGUUUUCAAUUUAACCAGCAGACUCAGCGGAUAUUCCACGGGAUAUACCGCGCUCGGACUGGCCCGGAAUGCAUCGCAGGGCACAAGCUCCAUUUUUGCCUGUGGAAACAACACUGACACUGGGGAACUCUUCUUCAGAACCUUCACCCGAAACAACACUGAUUUCAGUUUAACUUCGAAUGACAGGAUCGUUCGUGAUGUCUUCAUUGAAGUGACGAACAAGCGCAUCGAAUGCCAGUUCACCAUCUUGAAUUUAAAUGACGUGGAAACCAGGGAAACCAACGGAACCCUGGCAGAUGUUUUAAUAGCAAAUGGAACGUUGAAUGGAGGUGUUCUCAGCCCGUUAAAUAUAUUACUGCGCCAGACGGUGAACCUCACCUCACCCACCGGCACCAUUACCAUCAUUGUGAAUGGCGCCCGGGCCACAAGGAGUAGUGACGCCCUGUUGAUCCUGCUGAGCCUCAUCACGCUGCUAGCUGCGCUCCGAGGCUAACAAGAGUCAAGGAAAGCGGCGGACAAGGAGGCCGAUGGUUCCGAAGACAUUUACAGCGCUUUGCUGUACGCCUGUGAAAACACCACAUCGUGUGUUCCGAUACCAUUUUCUGUUUGUAUUCGUCCAUUUGCAUAUAUUCUUUUUUUGACCACUUCAACUGUGUAAAGACGCCCGCCCUUGUGUGGGAUUUGCGUGGGGCCGCGAUGGCUCGGUAUGACGGGGGGCAGCCACCAUGAAGGCAGCUCAGACUCGAUUAAGACGCGUCUGGUCUGAUGAGUUUGUACUGUUUGAGUUCGAAACCCAGUCCUCGUUCCACUUAUUUGUUAUGUGUUCAUUUGUUAUGUAACAGCAAUGUAAAGUAUUUAUGGAUGCCAUAAAAUAGCAUGAAUAAAGUUUGAAACUAUGAGUAACUCUC